AUGCCUAUAAGAGGAAUGUCCCGUCUUCGCGAUCCAGCGGAAUAUGUAUCAAAAGCAAAACAUAGAUGGGCCGGCCACAUCAUGAGAAGAAUCGACGAUAGAUGGAUUAAAAGAACGCUAGAGUGGAUCCCAAGGGACGCUAAACGCCCCCGAGGGAGACCGCCAACGAGAUGGGGUGACGUGUUCGCUGCACAGAUGGACCAGCUGAGAGCUCAGCUGGAUACGGCUCAAGGACCUCGUCAACGUCACUCACGAAGCUUGAGAACAUCUUGGAUGACAAUGGCGAGGGAACGAAACGAGUAG